AUGGCGACGGAAAAGAAACAAGGAGAAGGUGGAGCGGCGGAUCGGGGGGCGACUGAGCCAUCCCUAGAAGAACUGCUGCUGAGUCUAGAUCUGAAGGGGGAAGACAUUGAAGGCUUCUUCGUGGCAAAAAGUGAAGUGGAGUCCCUGAAGGAAGAGACGAAGUGGAUGGCAGUCAUGCGAUUACUCACCCCAAAAACUUUCAGUGCAAUAUCGCUGAAAAGGACUAUGAAGUUCGCGUGGGCACCGGCGCAGGAGGUGUCGUUUCGCGAUAUUGACGUGAACAGAUUUCUGGUACAGGCUAGUUGCCUGGGUGAUUGGAAGAAGAUCACAGAGCAAGGGCCGUGGCUGUUUCGGGAUCAGGGUUUACUCAUUGAGAAGUAUGAUGGGAGCUGUCGGGCUAUGGCGGUGGAACUAAACCGCAUUCAUGCCUGGAUUAGGAUCCUUGAUAUCCCUGAGCUCUACCGCAGGAAGCAACUGAUUACGGGGCUGGCGGCGAGUGUCGGUGAGGUGAUCACCGUGGACAUGAAUGGGACAGGCCUGGAUGCAGGAGAUUUUGUACGUGUGAGAGUGUGGCUGGAUGUUAGGAAAAGCCUCACGAGAUUUGUCUCGUUCAAGCCAGAAGAUGGGGAACAGGUGAUCAUGAGAGUGAAAUUUGAGAAGGUUCCCCGCUUCUGCGAGGUGUGUGGUCUCUUGGGACAUGAGCAAGAGGAGUGUGGCUCUGGUGUGCAUAAACAAGAGGAUAUGAAGUACGGGAAAUGGUUGCUUGCGGACACUCCCUGGAACCGAGCCCGGAUCCAUGGCAGUGGUCACACCAGCAAUAUGAAGGAGAACCAGGGCCAGCGUUCAAAUGAACCUGGCAGGGGUCAGCAUCAUACAGGCCGAGGCACUGGCAGGGGGCGCGAGGCGGGCGUGGAGGACGAGCUGGAGGGAGAGGUCGUGGAGAAUGGGUGGCAGCCUCUGACAACAGAAAGAGGUCGUCAACAGAGGCCCUCUUGA